AUGUCUCGCAGUACGCCUUCCUCGGCGCUGUCGCGCGAUCAAGCGAUCGCAUCCGCGGAGCAUCCGCAGCACAACCCCCCUUUGCACGUGGCGCACUCGCCCACGUACACUCUGGCGGCUACGUUCGCAUCGGCGGGGUUGGGCAAUGCGAUUUCGGCGGCAUGUACGAAUCCGGCGGACAUCGUCAAGGUGCGCCAGCAGCUGGAUACGUCUCGGUCUGGGUUUCUCGCCGUUGCACGCGGGAUGGUUCGUCGCGAAGGCGUGCUGGCAUUGUGGAACGGGGUUACCGCCUCGUGUCUGCGCGAACUCACCUACAGCACCGUCCGCUUCGGGCUAUACGAAACCUUCAAGGACGGCUACUCUUCCGCGCUGGGGGUGAGCGAUAGCAGCUUUGCACUCAAGGCGCUUAGUGGUGUUUCCAGCGGUGCGAUCGGAAGUGCCUUCGCCUGUCCCACGGAUCUUGUCAAGGUUCGAAUGCAGGCCAUUCGACCCACAGGCCGCCCUCCGUACAGCAACACCUUCGUGGCCUUCUCCCACGUCUAUCGCGAAGGCACCGGCUUCGUCGGCGGGAUCAAGAGUCUGUAUCGCGGUGUAGGACCCACGAUCGUGCGUGCGGCCGUGUUGACCAGCUCCCAAAUCGCCUCGUACGACCAAGUGAAAACCGUGCUCAAGCGCAACAACGUUCUGGACGAAGGCUUUGCACUCCACUUUUCCGCAUCCAUGGUAGCCGGCUUGGCAUGCUCCGUCACAAGCGCCCCCUUCGACACGGUCAAGGUGAGGUUGAUGCAGGACAAGAAGCGCGAGUUCAAAAACGCCUUUGACUGCCUCGCCAAACUCGUCGCCAACGAAGGCCCCCUAGCCCUGUAUAAAGGGUAA